AUGAUGCGCGAGAUCGAGCGAGACCUCCAUGCCCGAAUUCCCACAUCCAACCACGAGCACUCGUUUCCCCGCAAAACCCUCUCCCGACUUGUAAUCGCACGCGUGCAUCACACUUCCCCCAAAAUCCCCCAACCCCACAAACUCGGGCACGACCUUGUCUGCAUUCUCUCCCGUGGCCACCACCAGCCACCGGCACAAAUACUCCGCUUCGCCCCAAGUCGUCACCCGCCAGAGCCCGCAAGCGUCAUCGUACUCCGCGCGGCUCACCGCCUCGCCGAACCUCGGGCGGAUUUCGAAGCGUUCGGCGUACGUGUCGAGAUAAGUAAUGAACUGUGCGCGCGAGGGGUAUUCUGGGAAUUCUUGGGGAAAGUCGAGGUGGGGAAGGCGGCAGAAACGGUCGUACGUGCGGCUCUGCCAAAGGGACCCCACGCAAGUGGAGCGCUCGAGGAUAACAAAAGGGACGCCCUGAAGGUGAAGGGACGCCGCCACGGCCAGACCGGACGGGCCGGCUCCCACGAUGACCGGACCGUUCACGAUGAUGCACCGGCCGGUGAAAAAACCGGGCCCGGACGCGUCCGCAUCCGGCUGGCAAGUCGGGAUUGGAUUAGUAAUGUCCAUCGAAUGAGAGUGAAGACAAGUUUUUGGAGAGAAGUGGGAUUGGAAUUGGAGGGGUUGUUAAUGAUUGAGACUACCAAACUAAGAUUCACGCACCACCUGCAUGAGCUCGCCGAGCUCUUCUGCGAUGCCACCUCAUCUGGCGACAAGGAAAAGGACAUUUCGAUCCUGGGUCAGUCUCCGGAUCCCGAAGCUGCGAUUGUCACGGGCUCGGCACAAAGGAUUAGGGGGGCCCUCGAUGAGGAGUCGGUGGAAAUGAUAAGACCUUUCUGGGAAGGGCGUGAAGAUUGA